AUUUAUUUCAGCAUGGCAGAGUCUGUGAAGGUUAUCGUGAGAUGUCGUCCUAUGAACACACGAGAGAACAAUUUGAAGUGCAAAGCAUGUAUCAAAUGUGAUGACACAACAAACAAAGUCUCUAUCUUCAAACCAGAUGAAAAGAGUGCACAGCCUAAAAACUUUACAUUUGACGGAGCUUACUUUGUGGACAGUACAACCAGACAAAUUUAUGAAGAUGUUGGUUUUGCCCUUGUGGAUGGUGUCUUAGAGGGAUAUAACGGAACAGUGUUUGCAUAUGGUCAGACAGGAUGUGGCAAAUCAUUCUCUAUGCAAGGAAUCACUGAUCCUCCAGAACAGCGAGGCAUCAUCCCACGAGCCUUUGAACAUAUUUUCGAACAAAUUGAUGUGGAUGAAGCAGACACCAAGUACCUUGUACAAGCUUCCUAUCUUGAGAUUUACAAUGAGGAGAUCAGAGACCUUUUGGGUAAAGAUGUAAAACAGAAAUUAGAGCUAAGAGAAUCGCCAGAUAAAGGAGUCUACACACAAGGACUAACACAGCACAUUGUUAAAACUAUGGGAGGGUGUAUUAAACUCAUGGAGAAAGGAUGGAUGAGUCGUUCCACUGGAGCUACUCUGAUGAAUGCAGAAUCUUCAAGGUCACAUUCAAUAUUUGCAAUACGAAUAGAGAUGUGUGAACCUGAUGAGGCAUCUACCGAAGAGAAGAUAAAAGUUGGAAAAUUAAAUCUGGUCGAUCUGGCUGGGUCUGAACGGCAGGGAAAAACAGGAGCCACGGGAGAGAGACUGCGUGAAGCGACCAAGAUAAACCUGUCUUUGUCUGCCCUGGGAAAUGUCAUAUCGGCUCUGGUAGAUGGGAAAUCAAAACAUAUUCCCUACAGGGACAGUAAGCUUACCAGGCUUCUACAGGACUCGUUAGGAGGAAACACCAAGACUCUGAUGGUGGCGUGUAUAAGUCCUGCCGAUAACAACUAUGAUGAGACGCUCAGUACACUCAGAUACGCUAACAGGGCCAAGAACAUCAAGAACAAACCUAAGAUCAAUGAGGAUCCCAAGGACGCACUGCUCCGAGAGUAUGCGGAGGAAAUAUCCCGACUUAAGGCAAUGUUGGAGGGUAAGAUCCCCAUGUCAGUGGACGGCGUGACGUCACAACAGACUGUUACCAAGGAGAUUGAGUAUAUCGUCAAGGAGACGGAUUCUGAGGAGAAUUUACGGUUAAAGCAGGAGUAUGAAGAUCAGAUAGCAGAGCUUAAUAGAAAGUACGAAGAAGAGAAGAUGACGAAGAUGAAGCUGAACGAAGAGUUGGAGACAUUGAGACAAUCAUACGAUGAGAAACUCCAACAGACUGAUUCUACCUCCUCUACUAUUGCCUCCUCUACCAUUGCAUCCUCUACUAUUGCCUUAUCUACCAUGACAACUUCUGAUAUGGCUGUUUCGCCUCUUGUUGGUGGGAUAGAAGACAUUAUAUCCGGUGUUUCCAUAGCAACAUCACCUUUAGGUGAAUUAGCAGGAGAAGAGACGCCAGGAUCUCAAUAUUCUGAGAGCCAUGGUUCGGAGGGUCAGGGUUCUGAGACUAUGUCCCAAACUAUGGAUGUUCAGAGCAUAUCCUCAGUAAACACUCCCCAGCCAGUGUACGACGAACCAGUCGACUACUCCAUACAACUCAGCAUUCAGCAGGCUGAGAAGUUGAGUUCCAAGCAGCUAUCAAACCUGGUGCUAACCCCCUCCCAAGUGCGUAUCCUGGGCUACGAUGGUCCUGUGACUCCAGCCCAUGUUGCGUGUCUGGCGCUCUCCGCCGGACAGAUCGCCCAGUUGGACCUUACUAAGGAGCAACGUGCGGAACUGUCUCCAUAUCAGGAUAGCGUGUUGUCGAUGUUGGAUGAACAAUGCGAGAAGUUAGCUUACGACCAACUUCUCUCCUACGUGAACCUGCUCAAAACAACCAAACCGUUGAAACUCACAUUUGAUCAAGCUCAGAGCCUGACGUCCAAGCAGUUAGGUUCCCUGGCUCUCAGUAAGGAACAGAGUAAAGCUUGUGGUGGUGCCGAGACUGCACAGGCUCUAACUCUGGAGCAGAUUAGUGAACUAAAACUCAGCCCAGCUCAAGUUGCCCAGCUGAGGCUCACUGAAGAUCAGAUAGCGGAUAUGGAUGAGGACCAAUAUGAGACUGCCACACAAGUAAGCAAGCUAUUGGAGAAACACGAGCUUAUGUGUGUGCUGAGUGAUCCCAAACUAAAAGACAUCCAGACUGUCACUUUAACAUCCUCACAAGCGACCCAGUUAGAUCCGGAGCUGGUACACUCCCUUCCUUUAACUGAUGUUCAGACUAAGAUUAUAAAGGAGUACAAGGACUCUUUCACAAACAUAGAUGUAAGUGACAUAGAUCAGCUACCGCUUCUGCCCCACCAAGUAAAACAUCUUAAAGUGGAUGAGAGUUGUGACGAAUCUCUCACAAAAUCUCAGAGCAAAAAGGUCAGCAAUUCCAUACAAACUCAAACGUAUGUCGAGAACGUUGCCAUAGCAACAAUGGUAGAUAUGGAGGAGGGACUGACAAAAACUGUCACCUUGUCACCCGCGGAAACUGCUACCAUAACGAAAGAGCAGCUCGCUAAAAUUCAGGUAGCAGUAUCAGCAGCACACGUAUCGCUAAUAAACCCAGAUCUAGCAGAGCCUCUUACCCUCACGCCUAUUGAGAUACAACAGAUGUCUCUAACAGAGGAACAGAUCCAGCAGAUAAAGGCUAAGAAGGUGAAGCGCAUUGAGAAACAUGGAAAGAUCGUCAAGAAGUUAAAGAAGCAGUCUGCAGCUCUUCUGGAAUGUUCUGUAGACAGAGGUAGUCCUGAACCUCACCUAGUUCUCACUCACGACCAAGCUGCUCAGAUCGGAGGGAGUGUAGCUCCAACCAAACAACAACAAGAGACUCUGCACAUUGAGCCCGGCCGGCAACUUGACUCUGAAGACUUAGGUGGGUUAGUACUGACACCUGGACAAAUAGCUCAGCUGAAUAUCCCCCAACAUAGUAUGGAAACUCUACUGAAACCGGAGCAGAUGGAGACAGCCCUGGUUGCAAAGCAAAACGUUGUUAAACAGGAUGCCCUGAAGAGGUUGAAAGAAAUCUCCCCCCUUGAGGAGAUUGAGAUGGUACUUACUGAGAACCAGAUAAAAACCUUGUCUCCAAGACAACUAUCCGGUUUGACCCUGACCCCGGAACAAUGUGAUAUUCUGGGACUAGUCAAGGGACAAACUGUGUCCCUCGACGAAAUAGCUCUUAUCACUCUCAAUGGACAACAGAUAAUCCAACUGAAGUUGUCAGACAACCAAUUAGCUAGUUUUAGCAGUCAACAGAAGAUGAUAAUGUCAAGUGUUACAUCACGUGCUGUACAAGAGCUGGCGUACCUGAACACUAACGAGGAAGCUGGACUCCUGCAACUGACAGUUGACCAGAUCCAGAUGGUAUCAGAGGAACAGAUUGCUAAACUUACACUUACUCAAUCUCAGUUCGCUCAGCUAGGGUUAGACAGAUCGGACGUUGUAUCACGUGAUCAGAUAGCAAGUCUACAACUGACCGCCAGUCAGCUGAGUCAAGUCUCGCUAACAGGUCAACAAGUUUCCUUCUUGUCGCAGGAUCAGAAACAGAAACUUAACGCAGCGUUGGAGGUGGUGGAGAAUACGGGGCUUCUUGAAGAGGUGCUCAGACUCACAGGAGUAAUCCCUGUCUCUAAACAAGCUGCCAAGGAAGGGCGAACUAAAGGAGGCAAGGAGAAGGAGAUUAAGGAGAAGGAGAGUAAGGAGAAAGAUAGGAAGGAGGAGGAAGAAGUAAGGGGUCCUGAGGAGGAGACGAGUAAAGCUAAGUUCAUCAGGCUGACUGCAGAGCAGGCAAGUUUGCUAUCAAAGUCACAGUUGGAAUCUCUUGUACUGACAGAAGAACAGCUUUCAUUACUGGGAAUAACAGAAGACGAGGUUAAAGACUUGGUUCCGUCCCAAAUCGCACAGCUGCUAUUUACCCAGAACCAAAUUGCAGCCCUGAAACUCUCAAACAAUCAGCUGAAAGGAAUGCGCAGCAAAACUUCAAAACUCUCUGAUGUCAACGCAAAACGAAAAGCUAUGCCGCGACUGCAAGAGAUGCCCCUAACUGAAGCAGCUGUAGAGAUAAGUGACGCUGACCAGGAGGAAGCAAUCAGAAUGCACCAAGCUGCUCUACAGAAGUUGCAGGAGCUCCAGGGUAACGUGGUGCAGUCUGGGGCAGACCUCCAGGUUAAAGCCUCUAAAAAGGAGAUAAAGGAGAAAUUGAAGAGGAGGAGAGAUGCAGCGGAAGCGAAGAGAAGGAAGCUGAGACGUGCUAUGGAGGAGGGUGACGAUGAGGGGGUCAUUGAGGAGCUGUUCAACUUGCAGAUGGAGGAGGUCGAGGUCCGCAACAAAAAGGUCGGAAGAAUAAAGGAGAAGUACGAAGAGAAAGUGAACGAGAUAAAAGAUCUGACUGAAGAGUUCCAGACACAGCGAGAAGACUAUUUGGACUCCAUUCGUCAACAGAGUCAGGAAUCUAAACUAUUACAGCAGAUCCUAGAUCAGAUUCAACCACUGCUGCGUCGAGACAGCAACUACUACAACCUGGAUGCCAUAAAGAGGGACUGUAAAUGGAGCCCGGAGACAGGUUCAUGGUUACUUCCUCCUGUCAUGAUAACAAGAACAAAGCUACCCACACCUGCAGAUAUUCCUUCUCACAAGAGCUCCUCGGGCAUCCAGCCAGCCUAUAUGGACCUCCCAGACGACAUGAAGAUCAGAGCAAAGCUCGCUUCAACUGAGAAUUCAGACUACUUCAAGUCUACCCGAGCACAGCGGCUGCUUCAGGAGAACAAGCUGUACAACGGCGGGGGGCACGGAGGGAGCAGAAACUUUCUGGAUGAUAACGACGUGCUAGGGAGAGGCCCCAGGAACGUUCUAGAUCCCAUAGAUAAGAGGAAGAAGAGAAGUAGGAACAAACAGAACUUCUGAGAUUAGAUUAAGAUUUCUUCUGGGGUUGAGGUAUAAAAAUACUUGACGCCAGGUUUAAUAUCGGAGCGUUCGUGGUACUGAUUUCAAUUUUGUUAUCUUUGAAGCUCGUUCUAUCUAACGAGAUUAAAUUUAAAUGAGCUCCCUGUGAUUGAACCAGUAGUGACCGGCUUAGGCGUGACUGCGUGUUGGACCUGAAAUUAAUAACCUUAAAAUGUUGAUAACCGCACAGUUUGAAUCCAUUGCAGUUGAGACAGUUGUUAAGUCAAUUUCUUGAAGUGAAGAUAUUUUUAUUAAUAAGGGGGACAACCUUAACAUACAGAUACUUAAGUCUAAGAUACUUACCCUAACAGAAAUAAUUUGAGGCGUUCUCAGUGCUUCACAGUUCACAGUGAUUACUAGAGACAACUAAAUUAUGUAUUACAUUUUUAGACCAAUAAUGUGAUGUAUCAGUAUGACGCAAACCAGAAAAUUAGUCGAAUAUUUGUAAAUAAUAAUGUUGUAAAUAUUGUGAACAGUAAAUGGCAAAAUUGAUUUAUUUUCAUGGUUGAUUUUGAAAUCGAAA